AUGAACGAAGCGAAGAAGUGCCCAGAUCAGCGCCCAGACCAGCGCCCCCCCGAAGAGGACCCCCAGUUCGACGGCCCCUGUGGCAACGGGGAAAACAGCAACGAUGGGAGUGUCGCGAACAUUUCAAAUAUCGCCACCGUCAACUUUGCCAGCCUCGAGAGGGAGUUCCGGAGGAUUUACAGGUACCCCUCGCAGGAGCGACCGCCAUCGGUGAGUCAGCAGAGUCAGCAGAGUCAGCCGAGUGAGCCGAGCGAGCAGAGCGAGGUGAAUGAGACAAACGAAGCGAAUGAAGCAGACGAGACACACGAAGACGAUUACUUCUGUGGGAAGGCCCGGGGGAGUGCCCACGUGAUGCCGAACCAGUCGAGUGAGGAGACGCUGCACACACAGCGCGCUGGAAUGCACACCGAAGGUUCGGUCGGAAGGGCCCUCCCAAGAGGGGAACAAAAACAACGUGCCGAUCACUAUGGAGGUAUGCUGCCCCCCCAGUUUGAGCGGAGGGGACCCACGGGGAUGAGCAGCCAGGGGAACUUCGCCUCGACUAACUCCAUUGAGCAUAUUUUAAGGAGCAUUCAGGAGGACACCAUUUUGGGGAUAAACGGGGGGGGAGGUGGCAACUCCGGUGGGUGCAGUUCGAACGUUGCCCCACGUCUCGCGGAUGCGGUGGACGCAGUGCAGGCCAUUCACCCGAUGUGCCGGCUCUGGUGGGGAGACAAACCCUUCGCGUACCGCUGGGAGCGCGGCAUGAACCGGCAGGAGGUGCAACGGUGCGUGCACAACUUCUGCAUCAACAUCGCAAACGAGGAAUUCUACCUCGUUCGUCUGGAGAGACUCCCAGAGGACAACCUCCUAAAGGAGAAGCAAAAAAACAUACAGAGGAUACUGCUCAGAGGCAACACCUACGCGUAUUACAAACUAUGUGAGCGAUAUGAGCACCACUCAUUGGGGGAUUUGCAACCAAAUGAAGAGUACCUAAUUAAGAGGAAGAACCAAGUGCAGGAGAAACUCAUGAACCCGCUAAACUUCCCAGAGGUGUUGAGAGCCAUAGAAUACACAAAGGAAGGAGGCAACCUACUAAAGCAUACCGUCUACAGCAUCCCUCACUUACGUUUCUUCUUCAUAAGCAAAGAUUUAAAUUUUAUAAAAUGGUUCUCUUCAAGAAAAACAGACGAGCAAUGUAAAAUUUAUUUCGAUAAGAUCAACAGCCUAGAAAUAAAAAUCGUUCAUGAGCAUCUGCUGGAGAAUCUAAAGGUUAAUAUUUUGAAGAGACUCUCCUUUUCCAUCGUUUAUAUGAAUGAGAAGAAGAAGGUAACCCUCACAUGUAAAAGCUUGCAAGAGUUUAACUACUGGGUCACUACCAUCAGGGCACUCAUGUUCCGCGCGAAGAGGAUGAAGACGACUCGCAGCGUUUUGCUAUCCCAUGUUAGUGGAGGGGACGGAGAUGAAGGGGCAGGGGGGGACACUCUCUCGCAGGAGUGGUCCAACAGCAUUGCACGUUGGAGGGGAGCCGAGGGGGACGCGGGACGGCCCGACCGGCGGGAGGUCAGCCUGAGCGGUAAUUCAAGACCGUCUAAAGUGUGUGCGUCUUCAAAACUGUGUGAGUCUUCUACUUCCUCUAACCCCCGUGGGGGGGGGGACCCCUCGAAAUGGAGCCCGCAACACGGGGAAGCGCAGCCCAACAAGGGGUGCGAACUGAAAGGACAAAGCGGCUCGACGAAGAAGGAACUUCACACAGAAGAGGGCAAGACCUCCCUUGAGUCAUUUCACCUCUAUAAGCUGAUUGUGUUCCCGGAUUGUAACCUCUGUCAGGUCAAGACGAAAUUUUACCUGCUCAAGGAGAAGGCCUAUAAGUACCGAAUUUUAAUUGAAAAGGAGAUUGACGAGUACCACAUGGAGGGCGGCCUCCACCCGGAGGGGGGUACCAACCUGGAGGGGGACGCCAACACGGAGCGUGCCCCACCUCCCCGAAGAAAUUCCCCUCCCCGCUUCCACUUCAAUUUUAGCGGCAAUUUUAGCGGCAAUUUUAGCGGAAACGAGGCGGGGAAGGAGGACCCCGCGAGGGGGGGGACCCUCUCCAAGGGGAAGCGCAAGGGGACCUGGUCCAGCAGCUCCUCCCCCCACGUGGCGCUACCGGAGGUAUACACACUAAACAGGGAAACGAAUUUGAGCAUUCGCGACGGUGGGGAGGUAUCCAGGGGAACAACACCCAGUUUAGCAGCAGCAGGAGAAGCGGCUGCACUAGGAGGACGUGGCGACCCAGUGGGGGGGAACCACGAGGACGAAGCAGAGGAAGACACGGACCAGUUCAAGCUCCAGCUAAUUGUAAAAAUAUAUAACCGCAUUGAUGUGAAACUGAAGCAGGUUCAGAAGGACAUCAUGCACGUGGUGCAGGUGCUGAAGAGGGAGGAGUCGGAGCAGCCAGCGGAGCAGCCAACGGAGAAGCAGUCGAGCCCGCAGGGAGGCAUCGCGGGGUUCUCCCUGGAGCACCUCUGGAAGUACACCACGGAUGCGUACAGAACGUUGGAGGGGAAGAUUUACAAGGCGGGGGAUAACCGCCACGGUGGGGAUAGCCACUACGUCGGGGGUGGCCGCUACUCUGGGGAUGACCGCUACGCUGGGGAUGGCCGCUACUCUGGGGAUGGUCGCUACCCUCACUCCAACGAGCCACCCCCCCAACUGCCAAGAUCCGAACUGCGCCAGCGGGAAGAGCGGCCCGACCCACUUGCUCCGAAGGCAUGCAGAAAGCAGUCCAGCCAACUCAUCCACGACAUCCUCUUCGACAUGUGGCUCUGCGAAAUGGAAUUCGGGAACAUCGAGGACAUCUAUGCCACCUAUGUGUCCUGCUCCAAGCGGAAAAAGAACUUCAUGGCCAACGUAGACGCCCCCGCCUUCGUGAAGAACAUCUCGCAGCAGAUCUCCAGCACCAUCCUGCGCUACAUGAACAUGUGA